CCAGCUGUCACACAGUGAGCUUGAAACAGCAAACUCUGCUGGAAAUCUGUGACCCGUAGCACGAUCAAGAGCUCAGGAGGGGAUCGCACAUUCCACGGGAAACGUGCUGUUUCCUGCUUUUCCUGUCUUGGCUUUGUCCGGUCCAGGGUGAAGGUUUGGCUGAAGGGUUUGGGCUAGUCAGGCUGGCUUUAUUAGGGCUGAGGUGAGAAGCUCCUCAGUCUUGUAUGGAUCUCCUCCCAGCUCUAAGCUCCGCUGCCAGCAUGUUCAGUGAGAGCAUGGCAGUAAAAACCAUAAGAAGGCGGAUGAGUAAGAGAAAUAUGGCCACUGCACAGAUCUCCUGGCCCGUCCCCAUGAGGGCUAUUGGAGCUCAGAAUCUUCUGACCAUGCCUGGAGGGGUCUCCAUGUCUGGGUACCUACACAAGAAGGGGGGCAGCCAAUUCAGCUUAAUGAAAUGGCCUCUACGCUACAUUAUAAUCCACAAAGGCUGCAUCUACUAUUUCAAGACAAGUACUUCUGCUGCACCCCAAGGGGCAUUCUCCCUUAAUGGCUACAACAGGGUGAUGCGGGCAGCAGAGGAGACCACGUCCAGCAACGUAUUCCCAUUCAAGAUUGUGCACUUCAGUAAGAGACACCGCACGUGGUAUUUCUCAGCAGCCAGCGAGGACGAGAGAAGGAAAUGGAUGCGUCAUCUGAGGAAAGAGAUUGACCACUAUAAUGACAAGAAAGACUACCUUGAUGCCAGUGAAUCUGAGUCUGAUGCUGAGAGUUUCUAUGGACCAAUUGAGAGCCCUCUGGAAGUCACCAGUGUCCCAGAUCACCAUGAAGACGAUGAAAUAUCACAAGAUGAAGACAGUGAUGAUGAGGAUUAUCUUAAACCUGAUGGCUCACCAGGCCGGUCGACAGUACCACCUCCAUCUUACCCUCCGCCGCCUGUCCCACACCAGGAUAGAGAUGUCUGCACUCCCAACUCCCACCGUAAAGGACCUCCACCUCCACUGCCCCCUCCACCCAACAAGACCCCCCCAUGCCCAUACCCCAAGAAAUUCCCAGUCAUAGUGCCAGGCCCUUCUAUGCACUUAGACUCUAUAAACAAAGGCCCACCCCCACUGCCACCAAAUCCAUCCCACUCUCCCAAACAAUUCCUGAACAGGGCCACAGGAGGCUCACUGAAUCCCUCUCUGCCAGCACCCCCACCUGCAAUCCUCAAAAAGUCCAUAUCAACCCUUCCCGCAUGUGACAAGAAACCUGCUUCCUCUGUGGUCAUCAAAGUUCCGUCUACUCUUCCCAUCUGUCAUGACCUGGAAAAGAAAGUAGUUUUGAACACUGGAGAAAAACCAAGGCUGCUCAGCAUGCACAACCUCUCCCAAGGGAGCAAGUCAGCAGAGGAAAGAAAGCCCAACUCUUCCACAACGACAGCCAAUAAGUCUCCUCUCAUGAUACCCAAACCUCCUCCACCAGGGAUCAAGCCCAAAUCCAUUCGGCCAUCUCUCCAAUCAUCCCCUGAUGGCCAAAGUUUUCGAUCCUCCGUGGAGGAGAACCCCUUGAAAAGGAGAGUCAAAUUACAGAACGGCAAUGAAGACUCUGAUGACGAUGACUAUGAAAAUGUGCAGUUGCCUGACUCUGUCUUUGUGGACACAACAGAGACCACCAUGGUUGAAAAAUUAUUUAAAGAGGCAGCCAGCUCCCCACAGGACGGCCUCUACUGCAUCCGAAACUCAGGAACAAAGACAUCAAAGGUGCUCGUGGUAUGGGACGUGAGUCUGAACAAGGCCAGAAACUACAGAGUCUUUGAGGAGGACUCAACAGUGUUCCUGGAGGCAGACAUGACAUUCCCAUCUUUGGCAGCUUUGGUGGAGCACUAUUACAGCCACCCCCUGCCCAACCACGGUUCCCUGUGCUUACAGCAGCCUUAUGGUUACACGCCGCCCAGGUGACAGCAUCCUCCAUCCGCCAGCAUCAUGGACUCUUUAUCCACAGCUCUAUGGCUUCAGCCCUGCAGUGCAGACACAACUGCUCCCCCUGCUGGCUGCAGCAUCUCACUACAAUUACAGUGCUUCAGUUCUAUGGACAAACUAGAUUUGCCAAUGAGCUUGGGAAUACAGAUGGACGCAUAUGGAUUUAUGUGAGCACCUCUCAGACAAAAAGAAGUUUUCAUAGGCGUAAAGAAGAAACAUAGCAGCUACAGAGAUCAGUCUGAACUUCCUUCAAAGUGAACUUGGUGGAGAUCUGAAUUCAGCAGCUAGAGCCUGGUUGCUAACGGUUAGGUAACCAUUCCAUCUUUUGCACAGAGACAAACCUGCUGUCGUUCCUGCUGAAACACACCACUUUAAUAAGGGAAUAAAUGGUCAGGAAUAUUUAUCAUUCAUCUUAAUAAAAUAAACAUGUGGUGAGAUAUUGUUCAGGGUAUGACAAUAUCAUGUUGUCAUCAUGAAAAAGUUACAUCCAAGUGUGCAGAGAAGUUUGGAAGAGGCUCCCAAGAGGUGCAGCUGUUUAAUGCUAUGAAGAUUGCAAGUUUAAAUGCUAAUGAUGCUGGGAGUCCAGAUUAAGAAGCCCUGCUUAAUGUGAUGUAGCGUUUGCUGUUUGUGAAAUAUUGGAACAGUUUUGCUUUUAAUAAUAUUUUGCACUAGUGGUGCACUGGAUCAAGUAUCAUGAUUUCAUUGCUAUUUUGCUCACUCAUAGUUCAGGGUAAAACACUGUAACAUUUCCCAUAUAAUGUCUUAAGGAGGUCCGUAUAGGUCUCAUCUGAGAACAUGUUUGAACUACAUUGCUGUACAAAAGUUUGGAAUCACAUUAAAGUUGCUGUCAUUUUAUUUAAUAAAAACUUAUAGAUUGUAGUUUGAAGUACAGACUUUUUUAUUAUAGUAUUUUAGUAUACAGUAUUUUAGGAUGUUUUAUUUAAUACAGUCAAAGAAAAGUGUUUUGGAACACAAACACACACAUGCACGCACGUUCUAAGCCACUUAUCCUCCUGGGUCACAGGGAUUGGUGUAGCCAGGGCUCAUUGGGCGGAAGGCAGGAAACACCCUGGAGAGGUCGCCAGUCCAUCACAGGGUAGACAUAUACAUAAACACUCAUACCUAGGGGCAGUUUAGCAUCUCCAGUUUGCCUGACUGCACGACACACAGACACGGAUAGAAUAUGCAAACUCCAUUCAGAAAGGACCCUGGUUGCCUGGCCAGGGAAUCAAACCCAGGCCCUUCUUGCUGUUUGGCAUGAACAUCAAAAUGUAUUUAAUUGUAAAUAAUAUACUUGAAUUAUCUAUUUAUAGUCUUUUUUUGUUUUGUUUUUGCACCUUUUGCACCUAAGAUUUCUGCAUUUUCACACUGAAGGCAUUCGUUUUAUUAAAACUUCGUUUUCAUUGUCUCUCAGUUAUUCUAGAAACAUGUACAGGAUCUAAAGUAUAUGAAUUGUUCUACAAGGUAGUUGUAACCUAUAAAACUGUAGAGUUGUAGUAUCAUAUCAGAAUCACAUUGCUUCAACAAAGUUGGCUUUAUAUUAUUGAAAACAGUGAUUCCAAACUUUUGACAGUAGUGUCAAUGUUACACAGUGUACACUUUGUAUGGAUUUAAAGUUUUUCCUGUGGACUAUUAUAUUUUAAAUCAGAAUUAGUUUGCACAUUUCCUACUUUAAGAUUAUAUCAUGAAAUCCAAACAAGACCAUUCUUAUAAAACACAAACUCCAAAAGCUGUCAGCAACGUUGUACAUUUGUUACAUAGUCAAUCAUUGGAUCAUAUUCUAUGUAAAUACUGUAAACAUUCUGUUAAUUUAGUACAAUUUUGCAUUUUAUAACUAUAUAUUGGUUUGUACCUUUUUUUAAAGCCUUAAUGGUGAAAAUGCACAAAUGUAAAUAAAACCUCUCUUUGUAUUGUA